AUGGCAAGCACCGGCGAGGGCACUGUUUGGUAUCAGCGAACCAUAGUACUCGCACCGCGACCCCGCGGUUGUCAUUACGUCACGGAGGAUAUUAUCAAGUCCAUGCCAGAAAUCACGCAAAUCAAAAUUGGCGUUCUUAAUUUGUUUAUGCAACAUACCUCCUGCAGCAUUACUCUGAAUGAGAGUUGGGACGGUGACGUCAAAGACGAUAUUGAAAUGCUGCUUAAUCGUCUAAUUCCUGAGAAUCUAAAAUACAAACAUGCCUGUGAAGGUCCCGAUGAUAUGCCAGCACAUGCCAAACACGCCAUAUUGAGCGGAUCCAACGUGACCAUCCCCAUAACUGAUGGGAAAGUGAAUCUGGGAACGUGGCAAGGCAUCUGGUUCAUUGAACAUCGCAAUCAAAAAAGUAGGUCGUCUUCUUACUUAAAUUACCUAUAA